AUGCUGCUAUGUGGUUGUGUGCCAGUCAUUGUGUAUCGUCACCACACCACUACUACAACUACUGUCGGCGACGGGGGUUCACCACCCCCCCUUCUCGGAGAUUUUCUGCCCCGAGACACCCAAACGGACGCUAUCCCCCUCAUAUUAACAGCGGUACGAGCCGACCCCGAUAACGGUGUUUUAAUUCUUUCGCUUGGGUUCGAGGUUCAAGAAUCGCUAUGGCGCAAGGGCGGAUUUGUGCUACGGUUGAUAAUAUAUGUACAUAUGUCCAUAUAUCCUGAUCGAUCUUUAGUUAGGGUUGCUCCCAGUGAAGCGGUGUUUUCCCCAAACUCCCUUGGCUAUUCUCAAAAUAGUUCUGGAUUUUCGCUGAUCAUGAACUAUGAUACACCUUAUUUAUCUCUAGACUACAAUCCUUCUCCAUAA